GUCAAACAAAAGUCAGCAGGUCAUUACUUUAUGUCAAAAAAACAAAUUUUCAGGAAAUGUUGAAAACUUUCACUUUUUCUUAUUAAUACAAUCAGAAAAAAAAAAACAAAACUUAUAAAUACCACAAGUGAAAUUAAAUAUUAAUCAUUAAAAUGGAAGAAAGCGCCACUGCUGAAGAAGCUAAGACUGUGCAGCUAUUAGCCAAAGGUAUAAUGGAGAUGUAUGAACCACCACUGACGACCAUAAACACUCAUUUAAAGGAACUAACGGAAAAGCAAGAGGCCGUACAAGGUAUGCUCACAUCAGAAAAAAGAAGGCUUGAAGAUUUACAAAAUGAUGUCAUGCUUGAUGCAUUGCUAGCAGACAUAGCGACGAACAGAGAGAAACUUGUCACAAUAUCUAAUUCUAUGAUGUCAUUGCAUAAAAGAGUACAGUCAUUACAGACCAGAGCAGCAAAUGUUGAAAAGGCAGCUAAAACGAAGGCGGCUAACAAACCGGCAGCUUCAAGCAGUUAGUGCCUCUAACAUAAGUGAUGGGAAAGAACUGAAUGUAUCUUAUUGUUUUUCAUAGGCGAUGGUGAGUCUGACAACCUCUGCAUCUAUAUAUAUAUAUA